AUGCCUAAGUCGCCUUCGUUCGUCCGUGCUUCGCCCCGUGCUAUCGCGCCUGGUCCGUCGCCUACUAUGGACGUCGGUCAGGGUGAGAGUAGCGCUGCUGGUGCGAGGAGUGGGCGGGGUAGCUCGCCUAGGAGGAGGGUGUCGGUGGCUUGUACGUGCUGUAAGAAGUCGAAACGCAAGUGCUCCGGUGUCAAACCCUGCGAUAACUGCGUGGCCAACGCCCGAGUGUGCCUCUUUGACGAAACCCUCGACAAUCGUCGUCGCGUGGCCGCCAAACGCACCUCCGACAAUCUCACCUAUUUCCUGGAACUGUGCCAUGAUUUGUUCCGCAUCAUGCGCUCCGACGACAAAAUCCACGGCCGCCGCCUCAUGCAGUUCCUCCACGAUGGGCCUCCCAUCAAUGUUGCCCGCGACCCUGGUCGCCCCGAUGAGCAGCCCGUACGCCCUGAGUUUCUCCGCGCUUUCCUCGACGAGGUUCUCUUCGACAUGGGUCUGGAUCCUGCUUUUCCCGGUGAGGAUGGUGGCGUCCGUAGUGGCAGUGGUGGUGGUGGCGGCGGCGGCACCGGUGCAGCCGUCGCCCAGACACAGGAGAUGCCCGCCGACAUGGACGUCGAGGGCCCGACCCCAGGCCCGACCCCGACCCCCGGCCCCUCCUCCCAUCCCCAGGUCAUGGAUAUCCACUACCUGUGCAACGAGUUGCUGUACCGCGUGCCUGCGGCUCCGUGGACUUCCGUCACCGACAACGCUGACCUUGUCUCUCACCUCGUUUCCCUCUACUUCACUUGGGACUACCCCUUUAACCUCUUUCUCGACCGUGACGUCUUCCUCCGCCAUAUGGCCAGCGGCGAUCUCCGAUCGGAUCUCUGCUCCCCGUUUUUGGUCAAUGCUUUGUUGACUAACGCCUGUUAUUACUCGGAUUAUUCGGAAACUUAUGUCAACACCCGCGAUGUUGUCUCCAAGGGUGCUCGUUUCUUGGCUGAGGCUGAGCGUCUGUGGAAGGAUGAACUCGCUAUUAUGAGCUUGCCGUUCUUACAAGGAACGUUGAUGCUUUAUGUACGGUAUUCAAUCGCCGGUGCCGACGACAUGGGCUAUCGCAUGCUGCACCAGGCCAUCUGGACCGGCGAGUCCCUCGGUCUGAUCGGCCCUGGCAGGCCCAUGCCCAACCCAUCCUCCGAGGAUAUGAUGAUUUCUUUCCAGAAGACGGCCUGGGGGCUGUUCAACAUUGAUGCGAUCGUGCACCCCAAUCUCCUGCGUCCCACCAUCGUUGGCAGUGUCAACGUGCCGCGUCCGCCGGGCGCUCGACCCGACGAGGUAGGCACGUGGAAGCCCUAUCCGUCCGAUCGCCCGGCCCGGCCCUCGCAUUUCGACCGGUAUUUCGAGGCAUCGUGCGAGCUGUCCCAGAUCGCCCGCGACAUGUCGCAGGCCCUCUUCCCCGCCAACAGCCCCGGCCUGGCCCCGGCCUUCCGGUCCCAGGCCCAGGAGACCAUCUACGACCGCCUGCAAGCGUGGCUCAAUCGUCUGCCCGAGGCCUUCCAUCCGGACCGCCGGCCUCCGCCGUAUAUUCUCCUUCUCAGCAUGCGCUAUCACUGCCUGAUCAUCGCCUUGGUCUCGCUACGGCCCCAGUCCCAGCCGUCCAGCCACGCGUCGGUAGGACCCCAAACCCCCGUGAGCCCUCCGGGUCUCAGUCCGCUCUCCACCGUCGACCCCGGCCAGAUCAUCCAGGAGUCGGCGCGCGCCAUUUCCAUCCUGGCGUGGUGCUACCGACGCGAAUACAGCAUGAAGUGGGCGCAUCACUUCGCGCUGUUCGCCCUCAACUUGGCCCUGUUCGUCAUGGCAAACGGACCCGCGUUCGACAUCCUCGCCCCGGAAUUUCUCUCCCUCGCCAGCUCCUUCGCCGACGUCGCCGGCUGCUCCCAGCUCGGCCGCAACCUGUUAUAUCUCUUCCAUGUCUUCGUCUGCAGCCGCGGCCAGAGCUACCGCAUCCGCCAUUCGGGCGACAUCUCAGACGAGCUGAAGAUGCUCCUCGACGAUGAACCUGGAGUGCCCUCCCCGUGGGGUCCCUACACUGCUGGUUUAAACAAACUUGACGUUGGGCAUUACGGUGGUGUACCGCCCAGGGACGGCGAGUGGAGCCUCUUACAAAUGCUCGAUUGCUACGAGAGCUUGAGUUUGGGGAAGGAUGAGGUUGCGCCUGUGCGGUUUCCAGAUGGAUUUUAA